UGGCCGGAUUGUCAGUCGUGACCAGGUAGUGGCGGCAAGCGGAUGUUAACCGAUUCAAUUUUCACUGUCAAAGUUGAAGUAGAACGUGCCGAUUGCAUUCAUUCUGAUUGAAAGUAUUUCGUUUGAACACUCAUUCCUGGCUACGUACGUUACCAGAGAGAAAAGUGUUGGAUUUCAUUAGACGUACGGCGUGCACCUGCCGUGUUUCGGAACUUGUUGUUGUUGUUUGAGAGGAACAUCAUUCGUUAAUAGCUACUAUUAUAUUUCUCAAACGUAUUGGACUUGGAAAGUUUUCCGUAAAAUGAGAAAAUACUACAGCAAUAAGGAUUCGAAAAUUGCCUUUAUGGGAUAUUAACUUUCGUGAGUUUUAGCAGUGAAAGUUGUGCUCUCAAGUUCUUUGUUAUUCAUUGGUAAAUUGAGUUUACCUCGUGCUAUACGUACUGUACAUCAGAAAAACAAGGGGGGGAAAUCUGUUACAAGCAUUGACGAUCAAGCAAUUGUUCAAAAGAAUAAGAGCUGUCACAUGCUCUGAGGAAACAUAAUAAUUUGUCACGUGUUUUGAUUGGCGCCUUAGCCGAAAUCUAGAGCCAAACGAAAAUUUGAUCCAUCGCCAAUCAACAGCUUGCUUCAGAACGGGAAGACAUUAACGGAAACGCAGAAAAGGAAAUCGAGUCACAAAUCAUCGCGUAUCGGCGAUGGUUUUGAAAGCUCAACAACUGGCCAGCCACCCGUUGGUCCGCUCCCCCGCUAUGUCGAAAGAGGAGGCUGUAGCCGCCAUCCCAAAUCAGCCUGCGAGGCAGCCAUUUCGACGUGUUGCCUUGGAUCCAACACCAGUGCUGAUGCUCUUCGUUUGUCUCCUCUUUUCGCUACUUGGGACCGAAGCGACGUCAAUGUGUGGAGUUCCAGGUCGUGCCGAUAAUGGAACUCAAAUAUCGCUGUAUCCUGCAGCGCUUUAUAAUCCUGGCCAGAAAGCGGAAUAUAGUUGCCAGCCAGGUUUUGCUUUGCUAGGCGAUUCCACUCGUACCUGCCAAAAUGACGGAUCAUGGUCCGGCCGUCGGCCUCGUUGUGUUGAUAAUUUGGCCUACAAAAAAGCCGUUGCCUCCUCACGCGUCGUUAAUCACUACCGGCCAGAUCUGAUCGUAGACGGCAACCCAAAAUCUUGCAUUUACCUGGACACGAGAGUCGGCGACCGAUUCAUUCAGAUUGACCUGAAGAAAAACCAUUUGAUCAGUGGUCUCAUCCUGCACGUGCCAGAUGGCUUUGUACAAGAAUUGACGGUGUUCAUAGCCGAAAAGUUGGAAUCUGCCCCCGGCAUCCAAUAUCGCAGGUGUACCCCGAGAUUAUCGCAAGUUAAUUCCCCCAAAGUACAAAUUGAGUGCCGGGGAGAGGACGGACCCAUUGCAGUUCCUGGUCGUUUUCUUCACAUCCGUGACGAGCGACAAGUGCACGAUUUCUAUUUUGCUUUGUGUGAAAUCGAAAUCUACGGCUUGCCAGACGCGCCGAUGGCUUGUGGUCUACCUGAUCUUCCGGCGUUUGCAGCUCCAGCCAAUCAGAGCCAAUUGUUGGAAGAGAAACAUGGACACAUUUUCUCGCCAACUUGCCAAGCCGGAUUCGUUUUACGCGGAUCGAAAGUGUUGCGAUGCGUAGAUGGCAAUUGGAUCGGGAGCGAGGUCACCCAGUGUGUCGCUGUGGAAUGCCACCCGCUGGUUCCUGUGAUUAACGGACGAAUCGAUUUAUUUCCUACACGCGGUUUGAGUAACAACAGUUUUAACAGCGUUGCUCGAUAUCGCUGCUCGGAUGGCUACAUGAUAUUCGGGGGUGACGCCGCGAGAACUUGCGGUCUCGAUGGUCUCUGGACUGGUAGUCCGCCUUUUUGUCGACCUACUGAUUGCCAAUUACCUCGUCCCAUUUCCAACGCUCUCUACAAUCUGGUAGACAACCAUACCAAACCAGGAGCCAUCGCCCAGUAUACCUGUUUCAAUGGAUACGUGCCACAAAGAAUUCUGGCGGACAAACCUCUUCAAACUGCGAUCGUGUGUCAGCAAAGUGGCGUCUGGAAGGAGGGAAAUUUUCACUGCGCUUUGAGAACAACAUAUUAUCCGCCGGUCUCCAUUUCGUUUUCCACAACAGCAGACAAUAUGAGCAGUGAAACGACGCAAGAGCCGAUAAUGCCCGACCAUCCCGACCCAUCGAGCAGCACCACUGCUCGCGUGCAAACCUCGUCGAUUAAAGAAAUAGAAUUCGUCAAACCAGUUCCGGUAACAACCUCGGUCGUCGAGCUGAUGGAAAAAGACGUGACCCCAGGAACCGAUUCCAGCUUAGGUAUCGCCAGUAGUACGGACGCAUCAGAAAAUACGGCAUCGACCGGAACAGCGAUAGCGGCAACAGGAUUUGUCGCCGCUUUUAUCAUCGUCUUCUUGAUGGUCGUUGUUGGCGUUGCCCUCAACCUGUGCAGAAUGCGGACUACGUUUGAAAAAGCAAGAAAACGUUUCCUGCAGGUAUCAAGCAAUCUGUUGCUGAUCCACACUUCAGGUUCUUCCGCAAAGGAAGCCGUGUGCAAAACUGCCGGCAAUGGAAGCGCGAAGCGUCAAACAGUCGUCAAAGCCGAAUGCGAACCUGUCUACAACGAAUUAGAUGAUAGUUUCGCCCGAGAACCAGACGAUUCUCACGCCAGAGCUUCAUCUUCGUCGCUCAGUUCAGAGCAGGAAAGCACUUAUUUGGACAUUGAUCUCGACAAAGACGUCGAGGAAGGGAAUGAUUCUUUGCAGCACUGCACGGAAAAGUCAAUGCUACCGUACGGAUCGCAUCAAAGUGAAUCGUCUUUUACCGAAUCGAAACCGUCGCUUACAGCAGACGAAAUCGUGCUUCUCUACGCCAAGAUAGACAAAACGAAGAAAACGAAAAACCGAGUCUGUGGCAACGAUGGUGAAUCAUGUCCUGUUUCACUUGAUUCCACCACUUGUAAGGCGGACAUCGACAAUGAAUUACAACCAGGUCGUGUCAACAAAUCACUCUCUAAAUUCGGGGAUUUUCAUCCGAAAAAAGUCAAUGAACUGCAAUUGCCGAAAAGUGUGGUGAACGUUUCGCUGAACGAGUUUGUUGCUGAACAUUCGCGCAUUCAUUGCAAAGAGAAGAAUACGACGGCGUGUGGACUGGAGUGCAGACCAUUGCCAGCUUUGCCUAGCCAGAUGGGGAAACACACAUCAGCCAAGAUAAACGAAGCUAUGAUGGAACACAAUGACGAAUCUGAUAGUCAAAAUAUCUACGCCACCCUUCCUUUAAACAAAUCAUAGUCAACAUCCCUCUUUCAUCCUUCCGCUUUUGUCGUACGUCAACAUUUUGAACAUAUUUUAAAUUUGGUUAUACUGUACUGUACCACAUACACACAGAACUAUAUUUGUAUACCAUUAGGCGAAUAAUUGUACAAAACUGAAAAAUUGAAAGGAAUACAACAAGUAAUCAUCAAUAAUGUCAGUUACCAAAGAGACAAAUGAAAAUGUCUGCUAAAAGAUGGAAAAUACAUUAAUCAAAAUUUCGAAGCCAAGAGAAAAAUGACGGCCGUUUUACUCUUUCGGCUACUGAAUAAUGCACACUGAAAAAUUAAUACCAAAACGAUUCCAGAAAAUGUACCGUUUUUCAAAUUUUAUGAAAGUAAAUAAACGGACAAUCUUGA